AAACACAACGGCCAUCCCCCAUCCUUCACCACUCCCGCCCAUCCCUUCGCUCCACCACCUCUGAGACUCCUCCUUCACAGGCCGGCGUCGUCGGUGGUCGGAGAGAUGGGGCAACAACGCACGUUGGUGUAUAGCUUCGUGGCGCGAGGCACCAUCGUCCUAGCGGACCAUGCUGAGGUCUCCGGCAACUUUGCCUCCGUUGCUGCACAAUGCCUACAGAAACUCCCCGCCAACAACAAUCGCUUCAACUACAAUUGUGAUGGGCACACAUUCAACUACCACAUUUAUGAUGGAUUCACGUACUGCGUUGUUGCUACCGAGUCAGCUGGUCGCCAGCUUCCAGUUGGAUUUAUUGAGAGAGUCAAAGAAGAUUUUUCCAAGAAAUAUAGCGGAGGUAAAGCCAAAAAUGCUAGUGCCAAUGGCCUCAAGCGAGAAUACGGGCCUAAACUCAAGGAGCACAUGAGGUAUUGUGACCAGCACCCUGAGGAGAUCGACAAACUUGCAAAAGUGAAGGCUCAAGUCACAGAGGUCAAAGGAGUGAUGAUGCAAAACAUCGAGAAGGUAUUAGAUCGUGGCGAAAAAAUCGAGCUCCUUGUGGAUAAAACGGAGGAUCUCCGAUCACAGGCACAAGAUUUCAGGCAACAGGGAACAAAGAUACGACGGAAGAUGUGGUGGGAAAACAUGAAGAUGAAGCUCAUCGUUUUCGGCAUCGUGGUUGCGCUGAUCCUCCUCAUUGUCUUGACAGUUUGCAAGGACUUGAAUUGCUGAUAAGAAGCAGACACACAGGAAAGAAAAGAAGAACGUGGAAAAGGGAAGGAAAAAAAAACAUAGAAGGUGCAUUAUUGGUAUCACACCGCACGGCCAAAAUCCAUCUCGUCUUUGUGAUGUUGACAUUGAUCACAUUAUUGUUCUUAGUCAUGUCUAGAUCGUUGGGCUCAAAGCUAUAACAGGGCUCUCUCAUAUUUUAAAUAAUUGUAGUGGUGGUUUGGAUAAAUAUCCCGCCGUUUCUGUAUUAGUAGAAGAGAUUGACGGCAAAACGAACAAAUUUCUCCUGUAAUCCAUCUCAAUCUGCUUCCGUAACACUUUCUGACUGAUGACUAGCGGAGAAAUGGAAUGAACAAAGAUAUGUACACAUCAAGCACAUACACGACUAUAUAUGACAUAAA